UGACUGGUUCCACUUUCUGUAUGCGCGGCCGACAGAAUUUAUGAAACAUAAAUGCAAGACGGGGCGCUAGUCAUCAAAAGACUGUUUUGAUGUUUACAAACGUGCACAGAAGACAGCAUGGUUAUAUCCGUGGACAUUCGCCAUAUAUUCAAAUACCCGCUGGAAUUCGUGGUGCAAACUCAUUUUACUAAGUAUCCUUGCAAGCAGGAGAAGUAUGUGGAGCGAGUGGAGACGGUGGAACACAAGACAGAUUUCACUCAGGGCAUCGACUACAGGAAAAGGAUAGCAGUGUGUACAAAUGUUAUACCAAACAUACUCCGGUCUAUCAGUGUGUUGAAUGAACAAAACAUGUUGUUGAAAGAAGAGGCAUGGCUAGAUUUUCGGAAACCCGAGUUUCGUCUGCGGAGCUGCAAUAUCACGUGGUCCAAGUACGCCCACAUGUGGGAGGAAUCAACAUUCAAACCAUGUCAGGAGAAUCCUAAAUGGACCGUUCUGGAGCAGCAUGGGGUGAUCGACGUGAAGGCUUUUGGACCAUUCGGGAGAGUCCUUGAAAUGUUUGCAGAGGGAUUUUUACAUUCAGGAGUGAAAAGGGGCCUGAGGAUUAUGGACCAGCUACUUGAAGAGCGAUCUGGCGACACUCCCAGUUGAUGCAUGACCCAGCAGCAUACAUCCCUCCCCCGUCCCCCACGUAACACAAUACUCUGAGAAUGUCAUGAGUAGAUUGUGUGACUGUCACCAUCAGGGAUUUUGUAAAAGUUUUUGUAACGGAGAUUUCAAUGUAGCGAUACAUCAUACUCUAUGAAAUCUUUGUCAAAACAACAAACAUCUUUAAUUUGUCUUACAUGAGUACAUUGUUGAAGAUCUCAGAUCAAUCCCCAAUCACUCCCUGUCCGAUGCUGAGUGAGUCGGUAAACAACUGAAGAUCCUUUCACACAGUCAGUCACAUUUGGAAGACCAGUACAAUUUGGUUUACAAGAUUACUGAAAAGAAGUCAUGGUAUCUUUGAAGGGAGACUACUCUGCCAGGCCAGGUUUCCACAUGGUCACAUGUCAUUGUGGGCAGUCCAGCUACUUCGGCCUGACCUGAUCUCAGGGAUGUGAUUUCUCAGGACAGUGUACCAGCUAGUCAUCUCUAGUUCAGGAUUUAUUGAUCUUCUACCUGGUGCAAUAAUACAGGUGUAAUAUAUGCCAUAACAUAGUACUGUUGAGAACAUGACAUUGUUUCAUCAUAUGAAGAAGAUUUACAAAA